CACUAACUCAUUCACUGACAUCUCCCUUCCAUCUGCAAUCAUUCAUCCAUCCCUCGCCUGACCUGCAAACUACACUGCACUGCACUGCAAUCAACGGGCAGGUUCCCAAAAAGUCCCACCAAAUAAACGUCUUUUUUACAGCUUACUUUACAGCCCACCUUACACCUCAAAAACAAGACCAAGAAACGGCACACAAAAUGUCAGGACACGCCUGUCACGACGAGCACUCGCACUCGCACUCCCACGGCGGUGAUGGCCCUCAUGACCACACGGACGACAUCACCCCCGCCCUGCAGCGUUCGCUGUACCGGUACAUCGCGUUCGACGACAUCGUCACGCUGAACGAGGACGCUGAAGGUGCCGGCGCUGCGGUUGUCAAGAAGACGUGGGCUGAGCGCCUCGAUGCGGAGCCUGAGCUGGCGAGCGAUGCGGAUGAGCAGCUGUUGAUGAAUGUGCCCUUCACGGGCCAAGUCAAGCUACACGCAAUCCUACUACGGACAUCCGACAGUGCCAGCGCGCCGCGCACGCUCAAAGUGAUCAUCAACCGAGACAACGUCGACUUCAGCGCGGCCGAGGACGCCGAGGGCACGCAGACGUUCGAGCUGGCGCGCACGAGCGAGGUGCAGGAGGUAGCGGUGCGGCGGGCGCGGUUCAGCGCGGUGCGGCAGCUGAGCCUGUUCUUCAGCGACAAUUUUGGCGACGGUGAUGAAGAUGUUACCCGCAUUUCGUAUGUCGGUUUCCGCGGCGAGCCCGGCAUGCCGCUCGGCCGCGCGCCGCAGAAUAUCCUGUACGAGGCCGCCGCGAACCCGAGCGACCACAAGCUCAAGGGCACCAGUGUCAGUGCCAUUGGCGGCGGCAUUGGCGGGUGGGGCCCGGGCGUGUAAUUAACUCGG